CUCCUUUUUUAAUACCCGCCAUUGAGCGAGCACACAACACGCAUGCCACUGCCAUUGCCAUUGAAAAGCGCGAAUCUCUCUCUCUUGACUCACUAUAAUGUGGAGAGGCAGAGAGUUGCCACAAGCAAUACAUAGCGAAACUUCCAGAAUGCCGGAGCUGGUGUGCCACCGCGACCAGAUUUCGUCGAGAUCAGGAUUCAGAGCUCGGGAUGCAAGUCCUGACUCAGUAAUUUUCACUUUAGAAUCCAACUUCAGUCUCUUCUCUUCUACUUCUGCUAGCGUCGAUCGCUGCUCUUUUGCUUCCGAUGCUUAUGAUCAUGAAUAUCUCGCCUCUGAAAUCUCUCUGUGUGCAAUGCAGCAUUUGGCUGCACAUGAUCAACAAGAGAGCUAUUGGAGUGGUCCAGAUCCAAACAAACUGACAGUAGGGAAUAACAACAAGCAGCACACUAACACUCACACUCGUCCCUCCAGAAAAGCAGAAAAAGCGAAAGCAGUUCAAAAAGAAGAAGACGAUAAUAAUCUCCUAGAUUCAGCAAGAAGCUCCUUCUCUCUCGCUCUCAAAGAGUGUCAGGAGAGCAGAUCCAGAUCUGAUGCAAUUACAAAGAAACCGGAUAGGCGGAGACCUGCAUCACUAGAUCUUAAUAAUGUCGUUACAUCUCCUUCGCCGCGAUUGGGUAACAUGAAAAAGAGUAUAGUUUAUUCAUCUCGAAAAUCCGGAACAUUUCCUAGUCCUGGAACUCCAAAAUAUCAUUCUAGUGCUGGGAUGCAGAAAGGUUGGAGUUCAGAGCGAGUACCAUUGCCAAAUAAUAGUAAUAGGCGCCAAGUCAUGAAUGCUACUGCGGCUGCUGUUUCCCCUUUUAAUAAUAAUACUAAUAAUAAUAACAACGGGAGAACAUUGCCGUCCAAAUGGGAGGAUGCCGAGAGGUGGAUAUUUAGUCCUGUUUCGGGAGAUGGGUUUGUUAGGAGUUCGAUUCAGCCUGCUCAGAGGAGGCCUAAGUCAAAGAGCGGACCACUUGGACCACCGGGGGUUGCGUAUUAUUCCUUGUAUUCGCCUGCGAUUCAGGUGUUUGAUGGCAGGAAUAUGGGGAAUUUCAUUGCUGGUUCUCCGUUUUCCGCCAGUGUUAUAGCUGCCGAUGGGUUGGCUGUUAAAUCAAACGGGAGCCAUGGUGUUGCAUUUCCUAUGCGGACAGAGCCUUGCAUGGCUCGUUCGGUUAGCGUGCAUGGUUGCUCUGAGAUGCUAGCUCAGUCUUCUUUGCCAUCCCAAGAUGAAAAAUUUGAUGGUGUCAAGGAUGCAGCAACUGAUAUAUCUCGCGCUGUUUCAAGAAGGGACAUGGCCACCCAAAUGAGCCCUGAAGGUAGCAAUCAUUCAUCUCCCACCAGGCAGCCAUCAUUCUCCGUCUCCACUCCCUCUUCCCUACCUAUUGUGGAACUGCUGGGUUUCAAUCCCUCUAAAUCUGAGGUCAGGGAUGUACAGGUGGAUGAAAGGGUUACGGUCACAAGGUGGUCUAAGAAACACAGAGCCCGCAACCAUGGAAAAAGUUCAGAAAUUGUUGAUGACUGGAGAAAGGAAGCUGCUGAUGCUCUGUCAUCAGGUUUGGAUGUUUCAGAGGCUGGAGAGAGCAUUUCAAAGGUCAAAAGAGAGGAAGCCAAAAUCACAGCAUGGGAGAACCUGCAGAAGGCAAAUGCUGAGGCAGAAAUAAGGAAACUUGAGAUGAAACUUGAGAAAAAGAGAUCAUCGUCUAUGGAUAGAAUUAUGAAUAAACUGAGAUCAGCUCAAAAGAGAGCCCAAGAAAUGAGGAGCUCGGUACUAGCAAACCAGGCACAUCAAGUUUCCACAAACUCUCGUAGAGCUCUAUCGUUCCGUAGAACCUGUCAAAAGGGUUCCCUGAGUGGUUGUUUCACGUGCCAUGCUUUCUAAUAUCUCAUCCAGCUAUAUGUUCCUACGCUUUGAUCGACAUAAUACCUGGUUUCUUAUAUCCCUGUCCAGGUCAAAGUGGAGGAAAACUGUUGGCGCAUGAAGAACAAUUACUAGGAUUAAGUUUUCAGAUGGGACGCAAGACCCUGGAUGUGACAGUCCUGGUAUCAGAAUUUUCAUGAAAUUUGACUUAUAAUGAUGAUUUUUCAGAGAAUACACAAACAAGUUUUUCUGAAAGAUGUAUUUGUUUCAGAUUUCAGCAGACACCCUAUAAUUGUUGUAGAUACAUGAUAUAUACAAGAGUAUAAACUUUUCUAGGAAGGAAAGCUUAAAUUAAGCAUGACAUUUACAACACAUUUAAGGAGGCAUGAUUAUCUUGUUAAGACCAUGAUUACGUUGCUAUUAUGGCCAAGACUUCAGCGUGAGAAUAAGUCUUUAAUCA